AUGAGCGAACAAGUAGAAAAUAAGCCCGUGAGGGUCUGGUGCGACGGGUGUUUUGACAUGGUGCACUUUGGUCAUGCUAACUCGCUGCGACAAGCCAAAGCGUUGGGACAUUAUCUGGUUGUAGGCAUACACACCGAUGAAGAAAUCACCAAGCACAAAGGUCCACCUGUUUUCACAGAACAAGAGAGAUGUAAAAUGGUGAGAGCGAUUAAAUGGGUUGAUGAAGUAGUAGAAGGUGCUCCCUACGUUACAAAUCUUGAAACUUUGGACCAACAUAAUUGUGACUUUUGUGUUCAUGGAGAUGAUAUAACAGUUACAGCAGAUGGAGUUGAUACUUAUCAUCUUGUUAAAAAAGCGAACAGAUAUAAGGAAGUAAAACGAACUGAAGGAAUUUCAACUACAGAUGUAGUUAGCCGUAUGUUGUUAAUGACAAGACAACAUUUUUACAAGGGUGAUAAAGAAUAUGAAGUGGAAAAAGAGCAUUCCUCAGUGAUGGGUCAAGACAAAGCUGCCAGAAGUCCGUGGACCGGAUGUUCACAAUUUUUACCUACUACCAAUAAAAUAAUUCAAUUCAGUGAAGGCAUUGAACCUAAGCCCACUGAUAGAGUAGUAUAUGUUGCUGGUGCUUUCGAUAUAUUUCAUGUUGGUCACUUAGAUUUCUUAGAAAAAGCCCAUCAGCAUGGUAAUUUUCUUAUCGUGGGCUUACACACUGAUCCAGUGGUUAACCAAUACAAAGGCUUGAAUUAUCCAAUUAUGAAUUUACACGAACGAGUCUUAAGUGUUCUUGCCUGCAAAUAUGUAUCUGAAGUUGUUAUUGGUGCGCCGUACAGUGUAACGGCUGAUUUAAUGAAACAUUUUCAUGUUGAUGUUGUAUGCCAUGGCAAAACACCAGUAAAAAUGGACAUAAAUGGUGAAGACCCAUAUGCGCUUCCAAAAUCUAUGAAUAAAUUUGUGAUUGUUGAUUCAGAAAAUAACAUGACAACCGAAAAAAUUGUCGAGCGUAUUAUAAUUCAUAGACUUGAGUUUGAAGCCAGGAAUUUCAAAAAAGAAGCUAAGGAAUUGGCAAUUAUCAAACAAAUGGAAGACCAAUUAGAAAAAAUWAAAGUGGGAUCAUGCUAGUAUUUGUUUCAGCUUAGUUAUUUAUGGAUUGUAAAAUGUGCUGAUAAUCACAUAAUUGAUUAUUCAUCUAAAUAAUUUUAAUAUCAUGUUACCAAUCAAUAGAUUGAUCAUUUUCUUCUUUGUGUAUCUUUAUUUGUUGUUUGAUUUUUAUUUAUUUAUUAUUAUUAUUAAUGUUAGUGAA